AUGGUGCAGCGAUCUUCUACAACCUUACCAAUGAGAACACGUAUCGACGAUCUCGAGAUUGUUGAUAUUCUCGGCAUUGGUGGUUACGGUCAAGUGUACCUUGCGAAGCGGGACGGGCACCCGAAAUCGUACUACGCUAUCAAAUCAUUACCACAACUGCAUAUUAAAGAGAACCAAUCGGCUUUGCAACGAACCGAAAUUGGAUUACAUUCUCGCCUUUCCGGUCAUCCACAUAUUAUAAAGUUGGAACGCGUUAUCCGCACCGAAGCCUACACUCAUGUCGUCCUCGAACAUGGACCCGAAGGCGAUCUAUUCGCCGCCAUCACCGAGCAAGACCUCUACAGCGGGCGACAUUCACUUAUUAAACACGUUUUCUUGCAAUUAUUGGAUGCCGUAGCUUACUGUCACGAUAAUGGCGUGUACCAUCGAGAUCUCAAGCCAGAUAAUGUUCUCGUCUUUGAUGGCGGUCGUACGAUCAAGUUGGCCGAUUUUGGUCUAGCAACCACUCAACCGAUAUCAAACGAUUACGGUUGCGGCAGCACAUUUUACUUCUCACCUGAAUGUCAAGGUGAUAUUGGUCGUAAUCACAAACGCAUCGGUUAUGCUACCGCUCCCAACGAUAUCUGGGCUUUGGGCGUGAUUUUGAUCAAUCUGACUACGGGUCGCAAUCCGUGGACGCAAGCGUCAUUGACUGAUGAAACGUUCCGCAUGUACCUUGCUGAUUCCGACUUUUUGUACAAGAUUUUGCCGAUUUCUUUGGAGCUCAAUCGCAUUUUGAAGCGCAUUUUCUGCAUCGAUCCUUUUCGCAGAAUUGGCAUUGAAGAAUUGAGACACCGCAUCCUCAAGUGCAAAUAUUUCACACGCACUGCGGAAGUCGAAGAGUAUGAGCGCUAUUUGCAAGCCACUUCUCGAUUGAUGCCGAUCGUACAACUACCACCCUCGCCUCUUCCAUCACCUUGCCGAUCACGAUCAUCAUUUUUGAAACAUCAUCAAACCAAGCACGGAGAAGACAAGCCCAAGACGAAGAAAACCAACUUUGCCACGACAGCCAAGCUGUUACGGCAUGACAAGGAGGAUCAUGCGUCAAAAGGCAAAGGGUGUAUUGUCCAAGAGACCUUCUGUAUGGCUAACAAGACGGAUGCAUCCGAUACUCUCCUGUCCAAUUUCCUCACAUUGGUGGUCUGA